UCUGGGCCAGCCCCUGGCAGCUUUGCUCAGCUCUAUGAAGAGGCAGGAUGGUGAAAACGGUGCGGGAUCACCUGGUGGACACGCUAGACGAGCUGGGGCAGGAGGAGCUGAAGCGCUUCAAGAGCAAGCUGAACGUGUUCCCAGUGAAGGAGGGUUACAACAACAUCCCCCGGGGCAAGCUGGAGAAAGCCGACGUCCUGGAUCUGUGUGACAUGCUGAUCAGCUUCUACCGGGAGGACUAUGCCCUGCAGGUGACCACGGCGAUCAUGUCAGACAUCAAUAAGAAGGACCUGGCGGACAGACUCUGCCAAGCUACAGGGGCUGGAUCCGGAGGCGAGGGGCAGGAGCCAGGGCCACCCGGUGGUGCUACAGGAGGACAAGAGCAACAUUUUGUCGAGCGGCACCGAGAGCAGCUGAUUCAACGUACCACCCCUGUGGAGCCCAUCCUGGACGUUCUCCACGGGGUCGUUCUGAGCGACGAGCAGUACGACACUGUCCGGUCCGGGACGACCAGCCAGGAGAAGAUGCGGAAGCUCUAUGAGCUAAUGAAGGCCUGGAAUAAAGACUGCAAGGACCGCUUGUAUAAAGCCCUGAAAGACAAGAAUAGGUUCCUCAUUGAAGAACUUGAGGGGAACUAGGGCCUCCAAGACGUUACGUUCCCUGUGAACGUGCAGCCGUUCCGGGGGCAAGAGACCCUGCCUCCCGCAUUCCAGGUGGCUUUCUGGGCAUGGUGCUUUCAUCCCUUUGUCUACAUUGCUGUGGGGCAGGAGCCCUCGUGCCAGAGCUCUUUGGCGGAGUGGCUGAGCCGGUGAUGGGAGGCAGCAUUGAGGGGUCUCUACGGUAUGUCCACACUGCAGUUAAACACCUGUGGCCGGCCCGUAUCACCUGACUCAGGCUCGCAAGGUUCAAACCGAGGGGGUGUUUCACUGCACCAUCGACGUGUGGGCUUAGGAGGAGCCCAUACCCUCCCCCGCAUGGGGUCCCACAGCCCGGGCCCAACCGAACCCAAACUCCUACAACAAGGUUGCACGGCCCCUGAGCCCAAGGCCUGUGAGCCGGCGGUAGCUGACAUGGGCCAGCUGUGAGUUUUUCAUUGCCGUGUGGACAUACCCUAAAGGAAAUAAGGGCCGUACCUGAUGGACGAGAUACCAGAGGAGCUCUCUGCCCCAUGGGGAACGGAGCAGAGCUCCAAGGGGCUGAAAGGCCAAACAGCAUCCCAUCCGUCAUGUACUUCCCCACGUGCCUCUACAGCCCGUCCCUGCACCUCCCCGCAUCACUGCGACCGAGGCUACACUACAGAGCUUGCGGCUGCCGGCACUCUGAGCAGACAGAAGAGAGCCCUCCCGUCCGCCUAAGUACUCCAGCCCCGCAUGGCGCUGUCCACACCGGCGCUUAGGUCACUGUAACUUAUGUCCCUCGGGGGUGGGGUGUUAUUCACACCCCUGCACGACGUAACUUACGCUGACGUGAGCUGAGGUGUGCACGUAGCCUCUCUGUUUCCAUGUGAGCUCAGGAAAGCGGCCUUGUCAAGGGUGGCUGGGCUGGACCAAAUUCAAUCUUACAAUUCCCUCCAAGGCUCUGCCUUUGUCCUCCCGCCUUCCCUGCCGGCCGCCAAGAACUCCGGGCCUGUCUCCUGUAGCGGUGGUUUCGGUUUGGUUUUGUUUGGGGAUGGAGAAGGGGGGUUAGAAUCGUAGGACUGGAAGAGACAUCAAGAGGUCAUCAAGUCCAGUCCCCUGCCCUCAUGGCUGGACCAAGCACCGUCUAGAUCAUCCCUGACAGGUGUCUGUCUACCCUGCUCUUACAUAUCUCCAGGGGUAGAGAUUCCACAACCUCCCUAGGCAACUUAUUGCAGUGCUUAACCACCCAAGUAAGAAGUUUUUCCUCUUGUCCAACCUCAACCUCCCUUGCUGCAGUUUAAGCCCAGUGCUGCUUCUUCUGUCCUUAGGGGUCAGGAGAACCAGUUUUCUCCCUCCUCCUUGUAACAUGGACAAAGAUGGUUUCCCCCAAAGUAUUUUUUUAAAACCAUGUCUGUGUAUUUCGUAUCAUGAGCAUUCAAGGACCCACGAAAUCCCAUGAUCCCAUCGACAUGUUUUGUUCGUCUAUAAAGUGCUAGCCGGCCAUUUGUUGUUUUUAAAAUGGAUCCCGUACAGACGAACUCGGCUCCCCGCUGAAGCUGCUGAACGUGUAUUUUGUUAUCAAAUGGAAACUUAGGAAUGACGGCCACAAAUAAAGCUGGAAGGUGACCCGG